GUCACAGCUGCAAUGGCAUCAGUUCCGCCAACAGAAGAUGCUCAAAUGCAAGAUGCGCCCACCGAUGCCGACGCGACACAACCCAUCUUCUCUGCCGACGAAGAGCGCGUUUUGAAGCUGUUCGACCGUCUCCAGGAGCUACAGCUACAGAUCGCGCUCGUCAAGGCGCGCAAUGCCUACAAACCAACAUCCAACCCUGAGCCGGAUACCCCCGAAGCUGUCAAGGCAGCUCAGGCCCGCUUGCUCGAUGCCCGCGCAGGCUACAUGCUCCGAAACCAGGUAGUGGAGAGCGUUGUCUCGGCGACCCCAAUCCUCCAUGCCGUCCAUGGCGCGACGAACACGAAUUUGAUAGAGCAAGAUCUCGAAGACUCUCUCAAAGCGCGUGAUUCAAUCUCCAUCGACGUCGCGAAGCAGACCACCGCGCUGCAUGAGACCCUCGACAAGCUCACGACUGUCGAAGCCGAGAGCCUGGCGCUGUCGCGCAAGAAUGUCGAGCUCGCAGCCGAAAUGCUGCAGCUGGCCGAGGAGCACGAGGCAAGGAGGAAGGGAGUUCCAGCGGACGAGGACCCAGAAACGGCGGCCGAGAUUCAGCGGCUCGAGGGCCAGGUGCAGGCGAGCCGGCGGCGCUGGCGCAUCAUGAAGGGGACGGCAAGCGCAGUCGUUGUAGGAAGUGGUGUGGACUGGGUAGGGGACCCCGUGUUGAGAGACGUCGUCCUAGAUUCUGAAUGA